AUCUACACUUACGCCUGCACAACUUUUAAGAAAAGCCUAUAAAAGCAGCUAAGAAAUCUAUAAACGAACUUGUUUUGAUUUUACAAGCGCGUAAACAAGUUCAUCAAGCGCGAGUGAAUUUCGCUAAAGAUAACAAUAUACAAACACUCCUUCUUUCAACAUGGCUCUCUCCGAAUGGCUCCUAAUUCUAUCGGGUGCCCUAACAUUACUCUACAUCUGGAUAUCACACCACUUUUCAUAUUGGCGGAGGAAAAAUGUUCCCUUCAUUGAGCCAAACUAUUUAUUUGGCAAUUUGAAAGACAUGAUCUUUAUGAAGAGCUGCUCAGCCGAUCACAUGGUCAACCUCUAUAACCACAAACAAUCACAAAAUGAACCUGUUGUUGGUAUUCACCUCUUCAACAAGCCCGCCUUGCUUGUUCGUGACUUGGAUCUGAUCAAAAAUGUUCUGAUCAAAGACUUCAAUAAAUUCUCAGAUCGUUAUACAACUUGUGAUCCUCAUAGCGAUGCUUUGGGCUCGUUUAAUUUGUUCUUCAUCAAGAAUCCGUACUGGAAGGAGUUGAGGAGUAAGCUGUCGCCGGUAUUUACAAGUGGUAAAAUCAAGCAAAUGUUUCCACUUGUUGAAAAGAUCGGUCUUGAAUUGGAUAAAUAUCUUUGCAAUUUGGCCCUCGAUUCCAGCGCAAGUGUUUGUGAAGUCAAAGAAAUAUGUGGUAACUAUACUACUGAUGUUAUAGCUUCGGUGGCAUUUGGGGUUGAGGCGAACAGCCUUAAGAACCCCAACGCUGAUUUUCGACAAAACGGACGAGCUCUUUUCAAGUUCACAAGCUUUAGAGCUUUUGAAUUUACAAUCAUCUUCUUCUUGCCACAAUUUGUGAAACUCUUCGGCUGUAAGAUGUUCUCCAAAGAGGCAGCAACAUUCCUUCGAGAAACGAUCAACUAUAUCAUGAAAGAAAGGACAAAGACCGGUCAUAUCCGAAAUGAUCUCAUUGACAUCUUGGUGGCAUUCAAAAAAGCCGCCGAAGCCGACAAGGAAAAGAAACAUUUGGCAAAGAAUCCUGACAUGCUGGUGGCACAAGCAGCUGUUUUCUUUACUGCAGGUUUUGAAACUACCUCAUCGGCUAUGUCGUUCACGUUGCACGAACUCUCUAAGAAACCUGAGCUACAGAAGCGCCUUAGACAGGAAAUUAAGGAUGCCUUGCUGAAGUGUGAUGGAAAAAUCACCUAUGAAAUGAUCGCUGAAAUGGAAUAUUUGAAUAUGGUCCUGCAAGAGGUUUGGAGAUUAUAUCCACCUCUACCAUUCUUAGACCGACAGUGUACUUUGGCAGAGGGUGAAAAAGAAUACUCAUUGAAACCGUUUAGUGAUUUUGGUGUCCCCAAUGGAAUGCCAGUUUAUAUUCCUAUUUUUGCUAUUCAUAGAGAUCCAAAGUACUUCCCCAAUCCCGAAGAAUUUGAUCCGGAAAGAUUCUCACCAGAAAACAAAGCUAACUUCCCUCAACUUGCCUAUAUGCCAUUCGGAGCAGGACCUCACAAUUGCAUUGGAGAACGGUUUGGAAUCUUACAAGCUAAACUGGGACUUAUUAAUUUCCUCAGAAAUCACUCCGUUACGACUUGUGAAAAAUCCCACAAGAAAAUGAUACUCGAUCCAAAAGCUUUGAUUAUACAAUCGAUGGGAGGAAUCUAUUGUAAAAUUGUACGUGAUCCUUUGAUAACAUAUUCCUAUCUUAUUGUGAUAAUGGGAGUUUCUGAAUGGCUUCUGGUUCUAGCUGGAGUAGUAACGGCCCUCUAUUUCUGGAUAAAACACCACUAUUCAUAUUGGCGUCGACAAAAUGUCCCCUAUAUCGAAGCAAAUCCAAUAUUUGGAAAUCUCAAGGAACUCAUUUGCAUGAAAAUCAAUCCAGCAGUUCAUGUAGCUUCCCUAUAUAACCAUAAAAAUGCUCAAGAUCAACCGAUAGUUGGAAUUCACAUUUUCCAUAAGCCAGCACUCCUACUGCGUGACUUGGACCUAAUCAAGGCAAUUAUGAUCAAGGACUUCAACAAGUUUUCAAACAGAUAUACAGCGUGUGACGUACAUGGUGAUCCCCUAGGACACUACAAUAUUUUCUUUCUAAAGAACCCACAAUGGAAGGAAAUUCGCGCAAAGUUGACACCAGUUUUCACAAGUGGCAAACUGAAACAGAUGUUCCCACUUAUUGCAAAGAUUGGAUUGGACUUGGAUAAGUAUUUGUGCAAACAUUCCGUGGACUCAACGAACUGUGUCAAGGAAGUCAAAGAAAUCAGUGCUCUCUUCACUACCGAUGCCAUUGCUUCUGUAGCUUAUGGACUUGAAGCAAAUUGUUUAAAUAAUCCUAAAAGUGAAUUCCGUGAACAAGGAAAAGAAAUAUUUAAAUGGAAUACAUACACCACCAUUAGGUUCAAUGGAAUAUUCUUCUUGCCAGAAUUUGCAGCACUAUUUCGUUGGAAAACUUUCACCAAAAAGGCUGCCUCAUUUAUUCGUGAAACUAUAUCAUAUGUAAUGAGUGAAAGAAUGAAGACGGGGUUGACGCGAAAUGACUUGAUUGACACUCUUGUAUCGAUUAAAAAGGCAGCUGCUGCUGAAGGUGAAGAGCUUGAUGACGAAGUUCUCAUUGCUCAAGCUGCUGUGUUUUUCACGGCUGGUUUUGAAACUACCUCAUCGGGUAUCUCCUUUGGAUUGUACGAAUUGUCCAAAAAUCAAGAGAUUCAAAAUCGUCUUCGUGAAGAAAUCAAAGAAUGCUUGGAAAAGAACGAUGGGAAUGUAACUUAUGAGACUCUGCAAGGAAUGGAAUACUUGAAUAUGGUUACGUUAGAAGUUUUAAGAUUGUACCCGACGUUGCCGUUUUUGGAUCGAGAAUGUACAUUGUCUAAGGGUGAAGAGGGUUAUUCAUUGGAGCCAUAUAGCAAUUUCAAGAUACCCAAUGGAAUGCCUAUUUACAUAUCAACUUAUGCCCUUCAAAAAGAUCCAAAGUACUUCCCGAAUCCAUUAAAGUUCGAUCCAGAAAGAUUCUCUGCAGAGAAUCGACCAAAUCUAGUUCCUAAUUCUUAUAUGCCAUUUGGGGCUGGACCUCACAUUUGCAUAGGAGAACGUUUAGGAAUCGUUAAAGUUAAAAUCGGUUUAAUAAGUUUUCUGAGAAAUCAUAAAGUAGACAUAUGUGAAAAAACCCCAAAAGUAUUACAACUCGAUCCUAAAGGUGUGCUUUUACAAGCUAAAGGAGGAAUUUAUUGUAAACUUAUUAGAGAUCCACUUUACGUUACGAAAUAAAAAUACGUGUGUGCUUAUAAUUAGUCCAAGUUUAGCUAGAAAUAAGAUUUAUGAAUAAAAAUAGAAUUUUAAU